UUCUUCUUCUUCGUUGAGGAGGAGGGUCCAAUAUAAAACGACCCACUAGCCCUCCCUUCUUCUUCCAGCUCAAAACUCAUUCCAUCGAGGCCUUCUCGAUUUCUGGCUUGCCAAUCAAAGCCACCUUCUCAACUUUCUCUUUGUUUUCUCUCACGCAGAAAAUUACUCUUAAGGGUCUUUGGGUAUGUGCCGUGGCUCAAAGAGCAAACUUAGCCCCUCAAAUCUAGGCAUGGAAAACGAAUUUCAGAAGCAGAAAUGCUCUGUAUUGCUUGAAUUGUCUGCCUCAGAUAAUAUCGAAGCCUUCAGGUAUGAAGUGGAAGAGAAGGGUCUCAAUGUUGACGAGCCAAGCUUUUGGUACGGCAGGAGAUUUGGGUCCAAAAAGAUGGGUUUCGAAGAAAGGACACCCCUAAUGAUCGCCGCCAUGUUUGGAAACACUAAGGUUUUGAAAUACAUAAUUGGGUCUGACAAGGUCGAUGUCAACAGGUCUUGUGGUUCAGACAGAGUCACUGCCCUUCACUGUGCCACUUCAGGCGGUUCAAGUUCUUCCUUGGAGAUUGUCAAGCUCUUGCUUGAUGCAUCCGCGGAUCCAAAUUGCGUUAGUGCUAAUGGAAACAAGCCUGUUGAUCUGAUUGUCCCUGGUUUCAAGUCCACUUCUUAUUCGAGGAAAGCAAUGGAGAUGUUGCUUACAGGUAACAGUUCGUAUGUAGAAGAUGAGCAAGUCUUUACCCAGGAAGGAGACCAACUAAAAGUUGGGAGUCCUCAAUUGUCCAAAGAAGGAACUGAGAAGAAAGAAUAUCCUAUUGAUAUAUCACUUCCUGAUAUAAACAAUGGGAUAUAUGGAAGUGAUGAGUUUAGAAUGUUUAGCUUCAAGAUAAAACCAUGCUCCAGAGCAUAUUCCCAUGACUGGACUGAAUGCCCAUUUGUUCAUCCGGGUGAGAAUGCUAGGAGGAGAGACCCAAAGAAGUACCCCUAUAGCUGUGUCCCUUGCCCUGAAUUCCGCAAAGGGACAUGCCCAAAAGCCGAUGCUUGUGAAUAUGCACAUGGAGUUUUCGAGUCCUGGCUUCAUCCCGCUCAAUAUAGAACCCGGCUUUGCAAAGAUGAGACUGGUUGCGCAAGGAAAGUCUGCUUCUUUGCUCACAGACCGGAAGAAUUGCGCCCUGUGUAUGCUUCUACAGGUUCAGCCAUGCCUUCUCCCAGGUCUACUGCAGUCAGUGCGGCGGAAAUGAGUACGAUGAGCCCGAUAACUCUUGGUCCAUCGUCGUUUUCAUUGCCUGCCACUUCAACACCACCCAUGUCUCCAUUAGCUGCUGCCUCUUCGUCUCCUAAGAAUGGAAGCUUGUGGCAGAACAAGGUUACUCUCACACCACCGGCCCUGCAGCUUCCUGGAAGCCGACUAAAGAGUGCCUUGAGUGCUAGAGAUUUCGAUUUGGGAAUGGAAUUGCUUGGCCUGGAUAACCAGCAGAAGCAGCAGCAGCAGCAGCAGCAGCAACUGUUGGAUGAGAUAUCUCGUCUUUCCUCUCCAUCCUGCUGGAAUAAGGAUGUCAGCAGGAUUGGAGAACUAAAACCUACUAACCUUGAUGAUGUUUUUGGAUCCCUCGAUCCAUCUAUGUUACCUCAAAUGCAGGGAAUGUCACUGAAACCUUCAACUCCAACCCAGUUACAAUCUCCAAACGGGCUUCAGAUUCGCCAAAACUUGAACCAACUUCGAUCGAGCUACCCAACAAACCUGUCAUCGUCGCCGGUGAGGAAGCCUUCAUCAUAUGGGCUUGAUUCAUCAGCUAGUGCUGUCGCCGCAGCGCUAAUGAAUUCCAGGUCUGCUGCCUUUGCAAAGAGGAGCCAGAGUUUUAUCGACCGCGGAGCGGUUGCCCAUCUUCAGGGGCUAACUGCUGCUGCUAAUUCUGCAACAAUGAUGUCCUCUAAUCUUUCAGAUUGGAGCUCACCUGAUGGUAAAUUGGAUUGGGGCAUCCAGGGAGAUGAGCUGAACAAGCUGAAGAAGUCUGCCUCUUUUGGGUUCAGAAACAACAAUACCGGAAUGAGAACAACCACGAUGACAUCGGCUGCUGAUGAGCCUGAUGUUUCUUGGGUCAAUUCCCUUGUUAAGGAUGUUCCUUCAGACAGAUCUGAGCUGUUUGAUUCAGAGAAACAGCAGCGUUAUCACCUUAGCAAGGGGGUUCAUGAUAUUCUUCCACCAUGGGUGGAGCAGAUGUACAUAGAGCAGGAGCAGAUGGUGGCAUAAGCGGUUUUUGUGCCUGAUUGCUUCAAAAGCUUCUCCUGACAAAAUUAUGUUUUUAGAUAUUCUUUAUUAGUAUUCAAUAUUCCAGAAACGUAGUUUAGGUAUUGGGAAAAGGAGAAAUAGUAACAGGAAAUCAUAGUUCAAUUAACGCCCAGAAAUUUGGGCAUGACAAGGAAUUUCUGCUAAAAGAUGUUGUAAUUUUUUAUUAUAUUAUAUUUGUUUAUUUAUUC